UACAAAAUUAGAAAACUUCACUGUUGUAGGGAAAAUGCAAGGAGGAUACAUUUUUAUUUGGAUGUUUCCUCUUCUUUGCACUUUUGUUGGCAGGGGGGCUGAUGGUGAGAGAGUGACUGGAGUGUUACAUGGGCGAGUGGAGCUUCAUGGACGCUAUGGACAAAGUCCAGAUGUGGACAGAGUGGAAUGGACUAAACAUUCAGCUGAUACUUCAACUAGGAAAUUGAUAUUUAUGGUUAUAAAGCCAAACAUUACUACAUGCACAGAUCCCUGCAGAAAUAUAGACUUUGAUUUACAGACUAUGACGCUUAUUCUGGUUAAUUUGACACUUGAAGAUGAAGGCACUUAUGAGGAGAAAACUACACUGAAAAAUAACACAGUUAAAUAUUUUAAUUUUAUGUUGUCUUUGCUGUAUGCAUCCAACAUCACUAUCUCUUCUUCUCCUGGCUUUCUGACCUUGAAGUGUGAGAUCUUCGGGGAGUUUAAGCUGCUGCGAUGGUUCAGAAAUGACCUUUCACUGCCAGAUGACCAGAGAUUCUCCUUCACUGAGAACAACAAGACCAUGAAGGUGUCCAAUCCAGUCAGAUCAGACUGUGGCACAUACACAUGUCAAGUUUCAAAUGAAAAUGAAACAUCAGAAGUGAAAGUCAGUGUCACAGGUGAAAUUCCUGAAGUUUGUGAAGAUUCUCCAUCAUCAGAUGCCUGGUUUUGUGUAAACGUCUAAUCUACAUUUGAAUAAUAUUAUGGUAAAUAUGGCAGCCAUUACAGGACCAUAUGGAUUCAGAGUCAGCUAGAGUCAGAGUCAGCUGGAGUCAGAGUCUAUUGGAGUCAGAGUCAGCUGACUCCAGAGCUAAAUACUAUCAAAUCUACUUGGUCAUGCUAAUGAGCUGAUUUUCACCAUGGUGAAAGGUCUACACUGCAGGCAGGACAGUUUAGCUCCUGGACCCUUUUACUACAAACUCAGACUACUCUAAUAGGUGCAGUAUGCGGUUAGCAUUGAGUUUUGGCCCAGAGAGGAUGGCGGCAUUUCUGGAUCAUGUUCACGUAUGCCUUCUUUAUAUUUUUACCUGCAUUUUUGGAUGUCAUGGCAAACUGUGUUGACAGACAACGAUUUCUGGAGGUGUUAAUGAGUCCAUGCAGUGAUUUUAAAUGCAGUGCCACCUGAGGACCCGAGGAUCAUGGGAAUCCAAUUUUGAUUUUCGCCUUUGUCCCUUGUGCACAGAGAUUUCUACAGAUUCUUUGAAACUUUGAUGACAUAAUGUACAGUAAAUGAUUAGAUAUUCAACCGUUUUGCAAUUUUAUGUUGUGGAACAUUAUUCUGAAAUUGUUCCUCAAUUUGUAGACACAGUCUUUCACUGAUUGGUGAAGUCCUGACCAUCUUUACUUCUAAGAGACUCUGCCUCUCUAAGAUACACUACUUAGACCCAAUCAUCUGACUGGCCUGUUGUCAAUGAACCUAAUCAGUUGCAAAAUGUUUCUCCAACUGUUUAA